GCCCCUCCCCCUAUAAAUUCCGCUCGGGGUGCAAGUUCUCGUCACUCGCUUCUCACUUCCAAUCGUAAACAGACAGAGAGGGAAAGAGAGAGAUAGCGAGCGAGUGUGUUUAGAGCUGCAAGAAUGCCUUCCCAGCCAACUGAAAUCACUGUCCUCUCCAAAUGCACUGUCUUCCCGGACCAGAAAUCCACUCUGGGAGACCUCAAGCUCUCCGUCUCCGACCUCCCUAUGCUCUCCUGCCACUACAUCCAAAAGGGCUGCCUUUUCACUCUCCCAACUUCUCUAUCCAUGGAAUUCCUGAUUUGUAAUCUCAAGCGCGCUCUGUCUCAGGCGCUCGCUCAAUUCCCUCCUCUCGCUGGCCGAUUCAAGACCGACUCUGAUGGUCACGUCUACAUCACCUGCAACGACGCCGGUGUCGAUUUUAUCCACGCUAAUGCAAAUUAUCUCUAUAUUCGAGACAUAAUCUCGCCAAUUCACGUACCGGAGGAGGCCAAGUGCUUCUUCGCAUUUGAUCGAACAGUUAGCUAUGAUGGCCAUACGAAACCAAUCAUGGCCGUCCAGGUCACGGAGUUAGACGACGGUGUGUUCAUUGGAUGUUCAGUGAACCACGCGGUCACUGACGGUACCUCGUUCUGGAACUUCUUCAAUACGUUCGCCGAAAUGUCGAGUGGAAUAAAGAAAAUCUCGAAGCAGCCUGAUUUUCGCCGGGACUCGAUACUGAUAUCACCUGCGGUAUUGAGAUUCGCUGACGGUCCCCCGAAAGUGACCUUCAACGAAGAAGAACCUUUGAGUGAACGUAUUUUCAGUUUCAGUAGAAAAUCGAUUUCGAUAUUGAAAUCUAAAGUUAACAGCAAGAAAUUGACCGAUAACGGCGGCAUUGACGUCGUCGAAUUGCUCGGGAAGCAGAGUAACGACACGUAUCAUAACAAUAACAACGCCAAGGUAACGACUCUUCUCGGGAACUGGUUCAAGAACGGCUUUUCAAAACAGCAAGCGGUCGACGCGGAGUCAAACGACGUUUCAACGGUGGAGAUUUCGUCGUUCCAAUCACUCUGUGCGUUGCUGUGGCGAGCGGUGACUCGUGCGAGAAAACUGAAUCCUUCGAAAACGACGACGUUCAGAAUGGCAGUAAAUUGCCGCCACAGGUUGACUCCCAAGCUCGAUCCGUUGUACUUCGGCAACGCGAUUCAAAGCAUUCCAACUUACGCGUCGGCCGACGACGUGUUGUCACGUGAUCUGCGAUGGUGCGCGGAACAACUGAACAAGAACGUGACGGCGCACGAUGACUCUACUGUACGCGGCUUCGUACAGGAUUGGGAGCGCAACCCGAGGUGCUUCCCGUUAGGAAACUUCGACGGUGCAUCAAUCACUAUGGGUAGCUCCCCGAGAUUCCCGAUGUACGAUAACAAUUUCGGGUGGGGCCGUCCCUUGGCCGUUAGAAGUGGUAGGGCCAACAAAUUCGACGGCAAGAUCUCAGCAUUUCCAGGGCGGGAAGGCGGUGGCACCGUUGAUCUUGAGGUGGUUCUGGCCCCAGAGACGAUGGCUGGGAUCGAAUGCGACGCUGAGUUCAUGCAAUACGUGUCGCGUUAGUGGGAGCAUGAAAUUGACGGUGGUGAUAAUAUAUGUAUGCGGGGGAGGGUUUGGACGGUGAGAUGGUGGAUAAGGAGGGUUCGUUUUUGUUUUUGUGUUUUUUUUUUUCCUUGUCUUGAUAGUUUGUAUGUGACAUAAUCUUGUAAUUUAUUUAAAUUUGAAAGUUGAAGUUUUUUGCUUGUUCAUUAUCUAA